AUGACACUUCGCGGUUUCCGAUUUGCUUUAAGGAAAAAUGUGUUGGUGGAACCGGGUUUUGUUCACGUUUCCUCGCGGUAUCCAGCGAUCACGGUGAUGCCCGUGCUCCGUACGGUCACCCACAAGCCUGUUGGGAUUGCGCGCAUCGUGGUGAUGUGUGUACCGCUGUUGCAUGUACACGGACAGGCAUUAGGCGCGGGAACCUGUCCCCGGGAUGUUGUUCUCGCGGCGGGCUAUUAUAUAAUGUUCCACCGUCCUCCGGGUUAUGAGUUGGUAACUCUAGGUCAGCGUGUACGUAUGCUUAUGGCCAGUUGCGCCACUGCCGACCUUUUAUCUCGGGCGAGCGCUCUCGAAGCCGUUCAGUUGAUCGUUCGGCCUGGGUUGACACCGUAUCACCCGGGCGUGAAGGGUGCUUCUCCGAGCAGAAACUGUCGCUGUUCUAUAGUUGAUGAAGUCUUCAUGAACUGCUUGAGAUGCUGCUCGCGAUCUGUGGCCCCUGAAGGAAAUAACGUAACGAAUGGCGUUGAUGCGCUCACAAUAGUCCGCCAGCAGUUGAGAACUGUUCGCAGCGGUGAAGACAUGAAUUUCGAAGGGAAAGUGCCGCAUGUUGUCGGGGUCAUGGGAGCGUCUGGAGACUUGGCGAAGAAGAAAAUUUAUCCAACACUCUGGUGGCUAUUUCGAGACGGUUUAUUACCGGAGGAUACUGCCUUCAUUGGAUACGCCCGGUCAAAACUUACUGUGGCAGAGUUGCGUGCGAAGUGCGACCAAUACAUGAAGGUAGCACCGGGCGAAGAAGCGAAGUAUGAAGCGUUUUGGAAGUACAACCGGUAUGUCGCCGGAUCUUACGAUACUAGGCGAGACUUCGAACUACUUGACAAAGCAUUCGCGGAAUUUCAUAAAGGCUCUUCUGAAGUCGGAAACAGAGUUUUCUACUUGGCAUUGCCUCCGUCUGUUUUCGAGACGGUUACCGCGCAUAUCAAAGAAACCUGCAUGGCCCCUAAAGGUUGGACGCGCAUCAUCGUUGAGAAGCCAUUUGGUAAGGAUACUGCGAGUUCUGCGAAACUCUCGAGCCACCUAUCGUCUCUAUUCCGUGAAGAUCAACUCUACCGAAUAGACCAUUAUUUGGGGAAAGAAAUGGUUCAAAACCUCAUGAUAUUGAGAUUUGGAAAUUCCAUCUUUAAUCCUCUUUGGAAUCAUCACAAUAUUGCCAGCGUGUUGAUCUCGUUCAAAGAGCCUUUCGGUACGGAAGGACGUGGAGGUUACUUCGACGAGUUCGGCAUUGUGAGAGAUGUUAUGCAGAACCAUUUGCUUCAAAUUUUGUGCUUGGUUGCGAUGCAAAAGCCUUGCUCGACCAGAGCGGAUGACAUCAGAGAUGAGAAGGUCAAGGUUUUGAAGAGCAUAGAACCGCCGACACUGAACGACGUUGUUCUCGGACAGUACGUGGGUGAUCCUUCUGGGAGUGGCGAAGCCAAGCUGGGUUACUUGGAUGACCCUACAGUUCCCGCGGGCUCAUCGACUCCGACAUUCGCGUCCGCCGUAGUACACAUUCGUAACGAGAAGUGGGAAGGUGUUCCGUUCAUCCUGCGCUGCGGGAAGGCGUUGAAUGAACGUAAAGCCGAGGUGCGGAUCCAGUUCAAGGACGUUCCCGGGGAUAUUUUCGGUGGGAUGGCCAAGAGGAACGAGCUCGUGGUCCGCGUUCAACCUAAUGAGGCGGUGUACGUGAAAAUGAUGACCAAAACGCCGGGAAUGAGUUUUGAGAUGGAGGAAACGGAGCUUGAUUUAACCUAUCGAGCGAGAUACAAGGGUGUGAAGCUUCCCGAUGCCUAUGAACGGCUGAUUGUGGACGUUUUCUGUGGCACUCAGAUGCACUUCGUUCGCACGGAUGAACUCGCUGAAGCUUGGAGGAUUUUCACGCCCUUGCUUCAUGAAAUCGAGGGAAAGAAACCGACCCCGAUUCCAUACAAAUUUGGAUCACGAGGCCCAACAGAAGCGGAUGAUCUCUUGGCGAAGAACAAUUUCAAGUACUACGGUACCUACAAGUGGACAGACCCUGGGAAGUAGUGGGUGGAUAUUUUACUGAAGGUAUUUUCAAGAAACGGUGAUCAAAGGGAAUCAAUAUUUACCGUCUUGCCGCACAAAGAAAGCGGACGAAACGCGCAUUGCAUGUUCCAAAUGUUUUCUUGUUACUUUUUUAUGUUUGGCUUGGUGGGGGGAAAUCCGAGUUUCCUUUGAGAUCUCUUGAGCUUUUUAUUCCGAGAUUGCGAGAGUGGUUUAUUUUUCAGAGGCGUGGUUGGGGAUUAUGAAUGGAGAUCACUGUGGAGCGAGAUAGGAUCGAGGUUGUGUGCUUGGGGUUUUAUGGUUGCGCAAUACUGUCCGUAAGAAGGUGUAAAGCAGCGAAAAUGCUAGUAGAUUACCCGGGUUAUACGUGAGAGGGUUAAGAACGCGAGAAAGACUGUGAUUCGGUACUGAAAAAAGGAAUUUUCCGACGCGAUGGCUUUGCUCACUUGUGCGUUGCUCGGUGAUUACAGAGCUUUUCAUGGGAAACCGAA